CCACAAAAAACCCCAACGAUCUUCCCAAACACUAAAAAAUCUUUCUCCAAUAAUAUCCUACAACUAAAAAAACUUACAUAAAAACUCAUUUAUCAGACGCCCACUUAGGCUAAGUUUGUCAUCUUCACAAAAAAAUUACCAUCUUAUUUAAGUCACAUACCUCUCUACCACAUCACUUCAAACUUAACCUAUAUUUUAUAAAAAAUCAAAAAAUAAACUUAUAUACAACAUCCUAAACAACCCAAUCAACUUUUGACUAUCUUGUUUGCAAAUUCACUCAAUUUGUUUUUAGUUUUCAAAAGCAAACGGAACAUGGGUAGCUAGCUCAUAACGUAACAGCAAAAGGACCCUCCUCCUGACACUCCAAAUCCCAGUCGCCGGCAUCUGACACACUCAUCGGGAUCUGACCCACCCAGCCGGAAAUGCCAAACACCCUCUCUUUUCUCUUCCUCUUAAUACUUUUUUGUGCCCCUCCGGUCAUUUCUCUCCGACCACUCUCCCCAAACCCCUGCGACCCUAAAACCCUACCCGACCCAACCACACUCCGAUCAGAUCAAACGACUGUCCUGAUCAACGGCUACUCCGAAUCCCGGAUCCCCCUCCUCCGCUCCAUCGCCGCCUCCUACUCCGCCUCCCCAUCAAUCGCCGCAGUGCUCGUCCUCUGGGGAAAUCCCUCCACUCCGCCCCAAACCCUAGCCCUACUCUCCCACAACCUCUCCUCCGCCCCCAUCUCCGUCGUCCGCCACCCCUCCGACAGCCUAAACUCCCGCUUCCUCCCCCGCCCUUCCAUCUCAACCCGAUCGGUCCUCAUCUGCGACGACGACGUCGAGAUCGACCCCAAAUCAAUCGAAUUUGCAUUCAAAAUCUGGACCUCAAACCCUAACCGCCUGGUCGGGUUCUUCGCGAGAUCGCACGACAUCGAUCUGUCAAUGCGGACUUGGAUUUACACGGUUCAUCCGGACAAGUACUCGAUCAUUCUCACCAAAUUCAUGAUCACUAAAAUUGAGUCUCUUUACAAGUAUAGUUGUGAAGGUGGGAAAGAGAUGGUUGAAGCGAGAGCUGUGGUGGAUCGAAUGCGGAAUUGCGAAGACAUUUUGAUGAAUUUUGUGGCGGCGGAGGAGGGAAGUAGUGGGCCGGUGCUGGUGGGGGCGGAGAAGGCGAGGGAUUGGGGGGAUGCAAGGAACGAGGGGCGGAGGCAGUGGCUGAGGAGAGAGAUGAGGGAGGAGGAGGGGGUGAGGGAGGUGGGGUUGAGUAGUAGGAGAAGGGAUCAUAGGAAGAGGAGAGGGGAGUGUAUAAGGGAGUUUCAUAGGAUUUUGGGGAAGAUGCCUUUGAGAUAUAGUUAUGGGAAGGUAGUUAAUUCAGUUGGUGAACAAGGGCUUUGUGAGAAAGGAGGGAAGUUAGUUUUUUGUGAUCAGCAAGUUGGCAUAUGAAAUGAGCCUCCAUUGUAAUUUCUCUCACUCUGUCAAUGGAAUUUUUCAAUUAUUGUAGCUCUUUUCUUUUUUGUUUCUUUAAAUUCAUUUACUUAAGCCCUCAAUAUGACUUA